GUUGACAGAAGGAUGGUCCAGCAGAUAGAGGCGGCAGCAUGCUGAGCCGCCGCUCCAUGAAACAUACAAACUUCACGUAGCGCUGGAAGUAGACUUCUUUACCUUCAUGCCACCGCAGGGGUGACAACACACACGGAGCCAAAGAUCCACAAUACAGCGGUCAAACAUCAGCAGCCGGUCUCUCCAGUGAUCCGCUCUGCUCAGCACUUUCAGUAAGGAGAUUUAUUACACGCAACCUGAAGACAUGAGUGGCACGAAGAAGAUGGAGGAUGAGGCGGUGCUGGACCGGGGGGCGUCCUUACUGAAGCACAUCUGUGAUGAGGAGGAGGUGGAGGGCCACCACACCAUAUACAUCGGCGUGCGCGUCCCCAAGAGCUUUCGACGUCGGAGGCGUCACCGUCGGAGAACCACCCACAAGGACAGAAAGGAGAGGUUGACGGAGAACGCCUCUGACAAGUCGGACACAGAAAACAACGACGAGGCCAGCAAUAGCAUCCUCAAACCUCUCAUCUCACCUGCGGCCGAGAGGAUUCGCUUCAUCCUUGGGGAGGAGGAUGACGGUCCGGCGCCCCCACAGCUCUUUACCGAGCUGGACGAGCUGCUGUCUGUGGAUGGACAGGAGCUGGAGUGGAAGGAGACGGCCAGGUGGAUCAAGUUUGAGGAGAAGGUGGAGAAAGGAGGUGAGCGCUGGAGUAAACCACACGUGGCCACGCUGUCUUUACACAGCCUGUUUGAACUGAGGACCUGCAUAGAAAAAGGCACCAUCAUGCUGGACUUGGAAGCUUUCACUCUGCCUCAGGUUGUCGAGCAGAUCACCGACAACCAGAUCGAGAUCGGACAGCUGAAACCUGAGCUGAAGGACAAAGUGAUGUACACGUUGCUACGGAAACAUCGCCACCAGACCAAGAAGUCCAACCUUCGCUCUCUGGCCGACAUCGGCAAGACGGUCUCCAGUGCAAGUAGGCUGUUUUCCAACCAGGAGAACGCUCGCAGUCCUCUUGAGAACUCGGUGACCUGCCUGUCAGGUCGCAUCUCAAUGGAGGACCUGCAGACCCAGAGGAGCAGCAGCAUGGACUGGCUUAACAGUCCGACUACGACCCACCGGAACCUGACGUCCAGCAGCCUCAACGACAUCUCCGACAAACCGGAAAAGGACCAGCUGAGGAACAAGUUCAUGAAGAAGUUGCCGAGAGACGCCGAGGCCUCCAACGUGCUGGUAGGGGAGGUGGACUUCCUGGACGCCCCCUUUGUGGCGUUUGUUCGUCUGCAGCAAGCUGUGAUGCUCGGAGCCCUGACGGAGGUUCCUGUUCCCACAAGGUUUUUAUUCAUCCUGCUGGGACCCAAAGGCAAAGCCAAAUCGUACCAUGAGAUCGGCAGAGCGAUCGCCACACUGAUGUCGGAUGAAGUCUUCCACGACAUCGCGUACAAAGCCAAGGACAGACAGGACCUGCUGGCCGGCAUCGAUGAGUUUCUGGAUGAGGUGAUCGUUCUUCCUCCCGGGGAGUGGGACCCGGCCAUCAGGAUAGAGCCUCCAAAGUCACUCCCCUCCUCCGACAAAAGGAAAAACAUGUAUGCAGGAGGCGACUCUCAGAUGAACGGAGACAUGCCUCAUGAUGGUGGUCACGGAGGAGGAGGAGGACACGAGAUCGGAGAGGAGCUGCAGAAGACGGGAAGGUUCUGUGGGGGUCUCAUACUUGACAUCAGAAGAAAACUGCCUUUCUUCUUCAGUGACUUCACCGACGCGUUUCACAUCCAGGCCCUGUCGGCCAUCCUGUUUAUUUACCUGGGAACCGUGACCAACGCCAUCACCUUCGGAGGUCUGCUGGGAGACGCCACGGAGAACAUGCAGGGUGUGUUGGAGAGUUUUCUGGGAACAGCCAUCGCUGGUGGAGUCUUCUGUCUGCUGGCUGGUCAACCGCUCACCAUCCUCAGCAGCACCGGGCCUGUUCUGGUGUUUGAGCGGCUGCUGUUCAACUUCAGCAGAGAUAAUCAGUUCGACUACUUGGAGUUCCGUCUGUGGAUCGGUCUCUGGUCGGCAUUCCUCUGCCUGGUGCUCGUGGCCACUGACGCCAGCUUCCUGGUCCAGUACUUCACCCGGUUCACCGAGGAGGGCUUCUCCUGUCUCAUCAGCUUCAUCUUCAUCUACGAUGCCUUCAAGAAGAUGCUCAAACUGGCCCACCACUAUCCCAUCAACUCUGACUUUAGGAUGGAGUACAUCACGCAGUACGACUGCCUCUGCAUGGCUCCUGCUGUACUCGAAAACAGCACAGAGAUCAUUGGUGAUCCUUUAGAAGGUACUUCAGUCUGGUACUGGAACAACACAGACCUGCCGAUGAAUGCCACGUGGUCGUCGCUCACACGGGCCGAGUGCUUGAGGUACAAAGGCGAGCUGGUGGGGAAGGCCUGCGACUUCGUCCCAGACAUCACCCUCAUGUCCUUCAUCCUGUUCUUCGGCACGUACACCUGCUCCAUGUGUCUGAAGAAGUUCAAGACCAGCCCCUUCUUCCCCACCACCGUGAGGAAACUGAUCAGUGACUUCGCCAUCAUCCUGGCCAUCCUCAUCUUCUGUGGAGUGGACAUGCUCGUAGGAGUCGAUACUCCCAAACUCAUUGUGCCAAGUGAAUUCAAGCCAACGAGUCCAAACCGGGGUUGGUUCGUGCCCCCAUUUGGAGGAAACCCCUGGUGGGUUUAUCUGGCAUCAUCUCUUCCUGCCCUCCUGGUCACCAUUCUGGUGUUUAUGGACCAACAGAUCACCGCUGUCAUCGUCAACAGGAAGGAGCACAAGCUAAAGAAAGGUGCAGGUUACCAUCUGGAUCUGUUCUGGGUGGCUGUUCUGAUGGUCGUCUGCUCCUUCAUGGGUCUGCCGUGGUACGUCGCCGCCACCGUCAUCUCCAUCGCCCACAUCGACAGUCUGAAGAUGGAAACUGAGACUUCGGCUCCCGGAGAGCAGCCCAAGUUUCUGGGUGUGAGAGAGCAGAGGGUCACUGGUGUGUGUGUGUUCAUCCUGACAGGACUCUCUGUGUUCAUGUCUCCAAUUUUAAAGUUCAUCCCGAUGCCGGUGCUGUACGGAGUCUUCCUGUACAUGGGAGUCGCCUCUCUCAAUGGAGUGCAGUUCAUGGAUCGUCUGAAGCUGCUACUGAUGCCAGCGAAGCAUCAGCCGGACCUGGUUUACCUGCGACACGUUCCCCUCAGGAAGGUCCACCUCUUCACCUUCAUCCAGGUGCUCUGCUUGGCUCUGCUCUGGAUCCUCAAGUCCACCGUGGCCGCCAUCAUCUUCCCCGUCAUGAUCCUGGCUCUGGUGGCCGUGAGGAAAGCCAUGGAUUACAUGUUCUCCCAGCACGACCUCAGCUUCCUGGAUGACGUCAUUCCAGAGAAGGACAAGAAGAAGAAGGAGGACGAGAAGAAGAAGAAGAAAAAGCGGGGCAGCAUUGACAGCGACGCCGAAGACGAGAGAAGUCCCCAUCGUUCCUUGAACGACACACAUUGUGCUGAGCAGCUCCGCUACUAUCAGGCCAACUGCUUGUCCAGCCCUGAGAUGAGUCCGCUGAAGUCUGUGCCUCAGAUUAGAAUAGACAUGGACCCAGACGAUGAUAAUUCCUUCUUCUGGAGGAGCAGAGGAUCUGAAACAUCUCUGUAGAGCAGCGAGCCACCGCCCGGCAGCACCACAACACUCUGUAUUCUACUGACUUCUUUUAACUCUGAAUCUCCUCCACCAGUUCAAGACUUCUUUUAAAUAAGUGGCGGUGGAACAAAAAGGGAAACUCCACUGGUCACAGUAAAGAAAACCUGUUAUUUUCAUCUUUUACUUUCUGCACCUUCGUCUCAACUCCACAGUAAACCGUUUGUGUUCAAACUGAUUAACUCUAUGCAACUCCUCCACAUAUCACUGAUCAACAGUAAACGCUGCCCCUCCCUGCUCUUUUUAUAUAAAUAUAUAUAAAUAUCAUCUGUCUGAAUUUUUAUAUAUACCGAAUUACUCUAAUAAUGUUUUCCUGUAGCAGGAAAAUUGUGUUUUUUUUUAUAGCUCUACCUCUUGUUUUAGAUCCGACGCUUGUUAUGAACAAAUGCAACAUGUUGAUUUUUAACGCAGCAUGGGGUUUUGAUAUUUUCUCUGUCAUCUUGUAGAGUUGACCCUAACCCUCCACAGGAAUAAAAUAGAUAUUUAAAUUAAUUAACAGUUAAUUAACACUGCACAUUUGUGUGUGCACUUGAGGUAAAUAUUUUUAUCACGUUCUGAUGCAGUUUUGAUUGCUUCACCUUCCUCUUUCUAAUUUUCUUUCACACAUUCACUUCAAAGCUUUUGUUACUCGUUUAAAUUAAAUCAUGUUUCUUUUUUUUAAUGAUUUUGUUGUGUGAAUGUUGGUAACGUUUCUUAUGUCUUUCUUUCUUUUCUUUGUGCGUAGAAAACAGUUCAGCGAUACAUAAUGAUCCAAUUUUCCUCAGCCAAACUUAAACUCUAACUAGAAAAGCAUAUCAUGAUUGCUUGUGCUGCACAAACUACUUUACCUAAGUGGCUUAUAAGGGAUUGAUCCAGACUGACAUUCAAACGAUUUGAAAAAGGAUUACAAUACAGGAACCAUGUCCACGUAAAGCUCCGUGCAGUGGGACACCUUCAGCCAACAAUGAGGAUAUUUCUGGUUUUCUCAGCUGGUGUUGGAAUAUUCUGAUGUUUUUGUUUCAUACGUUAUGUGAUAUGUUUGGCUCUUAUUAGAACUCUCUGAUGCAGCCUCUUCUUAACCCUACUGUUGUCUUUAUUUACCUGCACAAAAAAUUAUUGUUUCCUUGUCUGAAAAAAAAAUCCAAAAUUAUGAAAAACAAAAUUCCACAAAUUUCUGAAAAUUUAUCAAACCUUCGGGAACAAAAUUCCUUAAAAGUUUCCCUUAAAAAUUUUACUUUAAAAAAAAUCCCCUAAAUUUAGCAAGAACAUUUUUGUAAAUAUUUUCAAAAAAUGAGUAAACAUUUUCCAAAAAAAUCCUAAAAAUAUCCAAAGUGAUUACAUAUAUAUCAGUACAACUUCUAAUGUUUUCUUAAGAACAUUCACAAAAAAAUCAACCAAAAUCCAGCGAAUUUUGCUGGAUUUUGGUUGAUUUUUUUUGUGAAUGUUCUGAAGAAACGUUUUUUUUAACAUUUCUUUUUUCCACCAAAAAAUGUUCAAAAAAUUCCUGAAAAAUGUGGACAUCAGAAGUUUCACUGUGAAAAUAUAUAUUUUCCACAUUUUAAAAUGGGUCAUUUUGACCCGCAGGACGACACGAGGGUUAAACAAAUUAGAGCUGCUGUUGUGUUCUGGAAGCUUCCUGGAUGUAAACAGAUCAACAAAGAAACACAAAAAGGAAGUUUCAUAUCACAACACUGUCAUUUUUAUCUGUUUGUUGAACUCAACCUACUUAAACCGAGUCAGUAAAUGACCUCAUGCUACUGAGAGCGACAUUAAACCCAAACACAUCCUUUAGAAGAACAUUCACAAUUGUUUAUAGUUCAUGUCCAUCUGAUAAAAUAAGGCAGAAAAUGUUCAAACUCCAUGUUUCCAUUUCACAGUGUUUCCUACAGAGUGGCCAGUAAGUCAAAUAAUAAACUCUCAUAUCUGACAGAUUUCCAGUUUAUUUUAAUCCUGUGUGUUUCCUAUUAAUGUGGCUGUUGUUUCUCUAAGCGUCAUGCUAACUUUGCAUCUUCGUUGUACAGAUUCGGGGAGAAAAGAAGUUGAACUAAAAGGUGUUUAUCAGGGCAACAACCGCAACUCUAACAAGAAAAGCACUCAGAGAGCAGUACUCUACCAAGGCUGCUCAGUCGACAGAUCAUUUCUGACACAUAAGUCCUGAUAAGUCCUCAGUGGUGGAUUUGUAGUAGGAUCACAGUCAGCUGGUGUAGUGUUCACUGGUUGUCAUAGUUACAGUGACGCCGUGCUGAUAUCUGGCUAUGAAACACAAAUCUUUAACCAAUCCGUGGAUCCAGACUAUAAGCUGCAUCACUGCCAGAAUCUAAUCACUUGGUCCUUGUGUCAUUUCUGACCUUCCCUGAAAAUUUCAUCCAAAUCCGUUGGUCUCUGUUAGAGUAAUGUUGCUGACAGACAGACAGACGGACAGACACAGAAAAACGUACGCCGAUCGUCACAAAACUCCACCACGUUCCUUGGUGGAGUAAUAAUUAAUCCUGUACCAGAAGACAGAAAAUCUUAAACACACUGAACUUAUUUUCAUGUAAGUAUAAAGUGUAGCAUCAGCGUCAGAAGGUGGCGCUGUCGGCUACGUGGCUGGAAAAAUAGAGUACAAGAAGCUGGAAACAAAAAAAACAGUUGUCAACCACUAAAAAACUUUAGAGUUUUGUGGGAAAGCUGAGAUUACUCGGAGUCUCGGAGCCGAAACCUCUCGUCAAAUCUCUAAUCAAGCACAUUUCAGAAUUGAUCUUCAUAAAACUGUCUUUUUUUGGUUUGUUUUCAAUAACUUUCUUUCAUUCUAAUACUUCAAAAAAUGCAGAUAAAACCACAUCAUGCAAACGGUUUGAGCUAAACUGUCGAUCCAUCGUUCAACUAUUUUCACUGAACCGUGGUAACUGAUCAAAACUACAUCCUGUUCAUCUUAUUUUUGCACUUUUCCAGCCAUUUUUCCCACGUUUGCUUCGAUCUCAGAAACAUCUACAACUUCACACAACCUCAGAUUUCUGUUUGAUGAUUAACAUUUUUCAUAAAGCUGUUGGUGCAACUCCUUCUUCUUCCCUGAAUCUCUACUGGUAGAGAACAAAGUUAUCAGAACUGCAUUAAAGUGAAACACAGCAGGUUGAAUAAACUUUAAUAAUUAAUCCUUAGAGUCUAAAAUGUGUCCACUGAAUCUGGAGCACUGAAGCACUUUUUAAAAAUUUGAAACCGUCUUCAUCACCGCUACACGACGGCUCAAACCAAAACAGGAAACUCUAAAAGCACCAGGUGUUUGUUUUGUUUGGGGAGUUUUUAGUUUAAAGAUCUACGACAUGAAGAGAGAAACUUAACUCUAGAAAACAGAACACUGAUACUUCCUUUCUUUUCUUUGGAGUAACUUUUUGUGACUUUCUAGACCAGGUGAAAUGGUUUAUUUUAGAAUUUAUAUUUUUCAAAUGAAAUGUACAUUGAAAAUAGUUAUCAAACAGUGACUGUGUUCUGCUCCUCAGUCUGAAGAAUAAAUGAAAACUGAAACA